AUGGAUCCCAGGCUCAGGAUAAAGGAUGACCCCUAUACAAGCAGUAAGGGGUCAAGUACAGAGAGAGAGGAUUCAGCAACCGCCAUGAAGUAUAAAUCACUCUUAAAUCAACCUGAAGCCUUCAUAUGUGGCACAGCGCCAGUGAUUUUCUUGUCCAUGGAUCUAGACUUAAAGAAGAGAGAUCAUAAUCAGAUACAGGUCGCCAAAACAUUGGCAACACUUCCCUACUAUUAUCAACGGUCACAACCCGUGUUUUGCGAGAGACCUGACUCGAUCCUUAUUGACGAGACAGGCGUUGCCUUACUCGUCUGUAAAGUCGUCAAUGAUGAUUUAGAGAGAGAUCCCAACGUCGUUCCACUCAAGACAUACCGGUUCCUUGACUCGAAGCUUGUCUUGGGUUGGAAGUACAAUCGACUAUAA